AUGGCCUUCCCCCAGCCUGGGCUCAACAGAGACCUGCUGAACCCUCGAGAAUUUUGCUUUCACCUUUCAGGAGAAUGGAAAACCCUUUACGUCGCAUCCAAUAACCCAGAGAAGACCAGUGAGAAUGGGCCAUUCAAGGUUUAUAUGCGUAAUAUUCAUCUUGAUGAUGAAAAUGACAGAGCAGCCUUCAACUUUUUUGUCAAAUCGACAAUAAUUAACGUGGGGUUGUAUAUAUGUAUAUUCUCUCUCACAGAUGUAAGUAAAAAUAAAAUCAAAAUUAUUCCUCUCUCUGAAAAUGCUCUGAGAAUGUAUAAUGUCAACAUGGAUGAACUAGACAAGACUACGAAACUUACUGGACUGACUGGCAGAGGAAAUAACACGAAAGAGGAAGACUUUGAGAAGUUCAAGCAGAUGACGAGAGAAGAGGGGAUUCCGGAAGAAGAUACUGUGAAUGUCACGGAAGCUGGAUGUGUCACUGGGAACCAGGCAUAUCAUCUCCUGCACGGAAUCAAGGUCAACAACACGAAGACAACGUUCCUGGUUCCUGCAGAACAAUCCCCCUUCUCUCUUCAUCAUCACACUCCCUUUCCCAUUUCAUCUCUCCUGGUCACCAUUCAUGUCCCGUCUGGUGCUACUUGAUUUCUGAGGGUUUAAAUAAAUAGAUUUAAUAUAUACCCUGCACACGUGUGCUUGUGCAGAAAGUCACCUAAUUUAAAACACACACAUAUGCACAUUAAGUACCCAGGAAAAUAUGCCUUUAAUAGGAUAGAUGCUCCAUCAGACACAAUUCUGAUGAGGAUUAAAUACAGAUGUCCUAGAGAUGUCCAGGAGAGGAGAAAAAGGACUAAACCAUCACCAGACAGGGGACGGGGUCAGAGAUACUCAUAUUGUAGUGGGAGGGGGCAGUCUGGUCAAGAAAAACGUCCCCAGAAAGCAUCUUAUUCAUUACAGGAAGGGGAACUUGUGUUUGAAUCACUGAGAUUUAUGCACAGAAAAUGCAAGACGCCAUGUCCCAUCACUGGGGGGAAACAGCACCAACACUUCUGAAAUUGCGCUGAAGACCUGAUAUUUCUUAACUAUUAGAUCCCUCGUAAUCGAAGAUGGGGCAGCAGCUGAGACUUGGUCAAUCCACAGGAUCGUGAAGUCUGCGUACUGCUUGGAGGGGCCAGAUGACUGAGAGCUCAGUCAGGAAGACGGACCUGCAAACACAGCUCGAAACAUCUAAAGAUGGUAUUCCAUCCUCUUACGCUUCCAAGAGCAGUAGACACUAGUAUUCCCAAGGAGUGGCCAUUCCCACUCUAAUGGGCAGAGCACACAGUGAUCAGCUCCGCACGGCACUCAAGGUGUUUUCGGUCUCAAAGAUCUAGCAGCCUCCGUGCAUAACUUAUUCCCAGGGUGGAGCUAAAGUUCAGGGAACGGGUCCAAGCCCUGGGAAAAUAGAGCUACACCUAAGCAACAUUUACCAGAAUAAAUGUUGUGGUGCGUCCACAGACACGGACUCCAAAUGUACAAGGGCAAGUGUCAGAGACAUCAGCACUGAAGAUUAAAAGGACUCUGUCUGAAAGUAACAAAGCCUCCGUGGCAAUGUUUGAAUUAUUUCUCUUGUGUAUGGAGGGGGUAUGCAGUUGGAGUUCUAACUCCGGUCUUCACAGUAUGUCAGGAAAUGCUGGAUUGGUUGGGUGGAAAUACACAAAGGCAAUGCAACAGAGAGUGACGGGAUGAACCUCUUAAGGAACACUGAAAGGUAGGACCUGGCAUAAACAAGUUAAACAACUGUGAAAUAGUACAUGUGUUCGUGAUGUGAGCAAUCUUAAUAGGGAAAACAGGGUAGUCACCACGAAUGCUACAGAAAUGAAGAAAAAUGUAGAAGAAAACCGGAAACAAAGUUAUGCCAACCAAAUGAACACGUGAUGAAAUGGACACUUUUCUUGAAAGAUCUGUUACCAACACUGACACAAGAUGGAACAGAAAAUUUGACUAGUCCCUUUUCUUAUAAAAGAUUUUCAAUCUGUCACCACACAAUUUUCCAUUAAGAACUUGGAGGUCCAGAAGAUCGCACUGCAGAGUCCUCUCAGACAUGCAAAGAAGAGACGGCACUAAACUUAGUCAAAGUUUUCAGAAGGAGAUGAUGAGGGAGCCUGUCCUACUCCUUUUAGGAGGUUAGCAUGACCUAAAACCCCCAAAUCUGAUCAAGACGUCUUAAUACACAUAAACAUAUGAGUUCAUAGUAAAAUAUCUCUAUAUCUUAAACUGUUCUUUAAUCCCCUAGACAGAAUUAAGUCCUCUCAACAGAAUGGUAUAAUUUACACAUUGUACAUACGCGUGCAUUUUUAUUACAACACAAACCUAUUAACAUAUUGGAGAGCAGUCUUUGUUUUGCACGUACAUAAGGAUUAAACUACAUGGAGAAUCUUGCUUCUGCUCUUUUUCAGAGGGUAAUAUUUUUAGAGAUUAUUUGUACGUGGAUUCAUCGAGAUCUAAUGUAUUAAUUUUUCCCAUCUCACACUGAUACGUUAUAGCUACCAGAUUGUGAAGUUGUUUUAAAUAUUUCAACAUUACAAACAACAGACCAGUGAAUCAUACUUAUACGUAUCUAUCAUUUUAAAAUUUCUGUAAACGGAAACGCCUUGUCAAAGUGAAUACACCUUUAGGAUAUUUACGGUUAC